ACUCCUCAGUGUUUAUUCUGAAGGCAGAGCAUGUACAGCAAGACCAGACUUUUGGCCCAGCUAGUGGUGACUACUGCAAUGUCAAAAGAGCACAUAAACAGACUUAAAAAGCAAAUGACAAACUGGGAAAAUUGCUGUAACAUAGGUAACAAAGGGCUGAUAUUCUAUAAAGAGUUCUUGCAAAUGAAUAAGACAAAGAUGAAUCCAAGUGGGCAAAAGAUAUGCGUAGGCAAUCUGCAAAAGUGAUGCAUAAAAACAGGUUCAACAUUACUAGCAAUUAGUGGAAUAAAACUUAAAACAACAAUGCAAAACCAUUGUUCUAUCAUAUUAACAAAGAUGACAAAAAAUGGUGUGACAGUGCAGGGUGUGGAGAAAAGUUGGUGUCAAAGCUGUGCCAUCUUUCUAUAUGUCUUUCAUAUUAAUCAAAUGCCUUCAACAAUGAGCACACCUUUUGACACGAGUUCCCAGAUUUUAUCCUAAAAAAAAAAAAAAAAUGACGUGCACACAGAUUUAGCUACAAGUAAUAUUGCAAAAGUGAAAAGUUGAAAACAACCCAAUGUACAAAAAUAGGGGAGAUAAUUAUGGUACAUUUGUAUAAUAGUAUGCCACUUGGUCAUUAAAAAUGCCAUAGAAGUAUACUUUUCAUAGGCUUAUUUCUAGCUGCUGGUUUUACAGGUGGUUUUUGCUUUUUUAUUUUAUCAUUUAUAUUUUCCUGUAAUUAUUGCACAUUUUUUAAUAAUAAUUUUUUAAAACUGGCAAUUAUAUGGUGAAAAGGAGAGAAGGGCAUUAGUAAAUUCUGAAGCAACUGAAAUUAAAUUGUAACUGCUCAUUAAUAAAUAAACAUCAUUACAUACUAACAUUUACCUUAAAUAAACUAGAUUUCAUUUUGCUACUAUGGAAGGAAAGACCUAAAAAACCAAUUGACUCGAAUUAUAGAAAAUAAAGUUACAAUUCAGGAAUACCUCUUUGAACUGUGAAAUUUGUACCUGUUAUGUAUGUGUGUCUGUGUGUGUGCGCCUGUGUGUGUGUGCGUGUGUAUAAAAAAUAUUUGGAAAGAUAUCCACUAGUUUAAAAGUGGUUCCUUUCAGCAGGGUGGGAUGAGAGGGGGACAGGAGACAAAUUUUUGUUUACACAACUCUGUAUGACUUGUUAUAACAAGCACGAAAAAUCGAAGGUCACUUAAGUAAAAAUGGUUAUAAUUAUGAAAAUACUUAUGGUAUGAUUAGAAAUCAUAAUGCAAAAUACGUAUACUGUGCUUAUAACUAUGUUCAUAUAUUUCCAUGUGAGAGAAGCCUGAAGGGGAAUACUCUACGAUGAAAGUAGUUUUUCAAGUUCAUUCAUUGGUUCAUUUAUUCCACAAAUGUGUGCUGAGCUGCUACUAUGGGCCAAGCAACUGUUGCAGCCACCGGGAUAUAGCAGGCAAUCAAAAAUCAAAUGUGCCUCCACUCAGGGAACUUAAAUUCUAGUAGUGGGAGAUAGACAAUACACGGUAAACACAGCGAGUAUUUUAGGAAGUGGUGAGUGUCGUGGGAAAAGUGGAGCCGGCCAAGGGAGACUAGCAGUGCUCUGGGUCAGGGGCAGGUUUAGAUAGGUUGGUCAGGAAAGGCCUCACUGAGGUGACAUGGGAGGAAAGACUUGAAAAAGCUGAAGGGUUCAGUCCUGGAAAUGCCUGGAAGGGGAGUUUUACAAGUAGACAACAGCCGGUGCAGAGGCCAAUGCAGCUAACAGGAAGGGGAGAGCAGGUCAGAUAGCUAGGCAGGACAGUGGGUUGUCCGGCUCUGCGGCCAUCGUAAGGACUUUGGCGUUUUAUUUCAAGUAAACUGAGGAGCCGCUGUGCAGUUUGGAGCACAGAAACGACAGGAUCCCUGUGGCUGCUGUAUGGAAACCCAGCGACUGGGAGGGUAGGGAGGGCAGCGAGACCGAGGUGUUCAGGUUAGAGAUGAAGGGGGGUGUGGACAUGUUGAGGUGUUGCAUCCUAGACACAGAUUGAAGGUAGGGUCAACAGGAUUUCUAGUCAGAUUGUGUAGAGGGGGUGAGAGAGGGUCUUAUUUUCUUCUUCCUUGCAAUAAUAUAUUCCAAGCAAUAUAAGUAAGCAAUAUAAAUUUUUUCCUUUAAGAAAAUUCCAAGUAUUAUAUCGUUCCAAAUAAAAAAAAUCAUUUCAAGAGUCCUGACGCAGCAACCAUUACAUUCCCAGUAAUGGAAAUGUUAAGUCAGUCCGUGCUCCGGAGAAAUCCCGACAGAACACAGGCCAGGAGACCGGGCCUAGAUUCCGGUUUCGAACAGGGCAAAAACGGAGGCUGCAAAUCCAUCCCCAGUCCGGCAAGAUUCUCGAACAUGUCGGCAGAGGGCUGCAUAGGAACUUCAAAAACGAGUAGCGGCUCCCUUGAAUUCAGCGUGAGGGGGAAACCGCGGGGAGAUUUGGAACUCAGGAGUCCCACGUCUGAAGGAGCGGGAGGCUGCUUCCGAGGAGCCCGGCGCACGACGGGAAGGGCCGCGCCGGCCAGGCCGCCCUCCUCCCGGCAGCCUCGGGCAGGCCGUUCCCGCGCCGGCGACGGCAGGCCCGGCCGCAGGUACCAACGGCACCUGUCAGUGGGCAGCGCGGGCGCACCCUGCGAGGGCCCUGCCUCGUCAAGAGAGGCAGCGAGAAACAACAGCGAUGAACGAAACAAAACCUUCCUCCUCUACUGCUACACGGAGCUCGCGUCCGAGGAAGCGGGAACACACAGGCCCGGGUGCUUUCCGAAAGGCUUCUCGCCAGGACCCGCGACCAGUGUUGGGGAAGGGGGGCUCCCCCCCUUUUUAAGAAGCCAGGUCAAGCGGGCCGUUGCCGGGCGACCUUUGGGCGGAGGGAGAGAGCGAGCAGGGCUGCACCGCACAGGUUCCGCCCCUACUUCAGCGUCCUCGCCCCGCCCAAGCUCCGCCCAGCACCACAAGGGCUAACCCCCCGCGACGCAUGCGUGCUUCUUCCCGCGCGGCUCCACCUGCCGCGCGCUUCCGCAGCUGGCCAGUCUCUUCUGCCCCUCCCCCUCCUGUUAACACAGAAAUCUGCCUCCUGGGCCAUGCCGCUUCUAAGGCCUGUUUCUUCUCAUGAGCCCCAGCACAAGACAGAUGGGCCAGUUCUCACAGUGGAUAACUUCCCCUGCCUGAGCAAGAGAUGGGAUAGUAUCUGGGAUCUAUCCAUCACCAGACUCUGAACUUAAUAAGGCAGCUGAAUGAAGGGAGGUAACGGACCCCUGAGAGGGGCGCUGAAGUCUGCAGUGGGGGGGGAGGGGCCUGGACACACCCCUUCCCCCCCAGACUCCUCCCCGUCAGGGUUAGCUCAGCCAUGGACUUUGGACCUGGAUAAGAAGAGAGAAACUGCACUUUGGUGGAUCUGAUUUGGGAUUCUCAGUUUUGAAAAUGGAGUGCUGAAUGGGGAUUUGAUGAUCUCCUGGGGAGCAACUGAGACAAGAGAAGAAAGGUGCAUGGCUGCUUCCUAAUCCCAUAGUCCAGAGGAAGCAUCCCUAGGACUGCGGGCGAGGGAGCCGGGCAAGCCCAGGGCAGCCUUGAACCCUCCCCGGCCUGCCCUCCCCGGUGGGGGCCAGGAUGCUGAAGAAGCAGUCUGCAGGGCUUGUGCUGUGGGGCGCUAUCCUCUUUGUAGCCUGGAAUGCCCUGCUGCUCCUCUUCUUCUGGACACGCCCAGCACCUGGCAGGCCACCCUCAGUCAGCGCUCUCGAUGACGACCCUGCCAGCCUCACCCGGGAAGUGAUUCGCCUGGCCCAAGACGCCGAGGUGGAGCUGGAGCGGCAGCGUGGGCUGCUGCAGCAGAUCGGGGAUGCCCUGUGGAGCCAGCGGGGGAGGGUGCCCACCCCGGCCCUUCCCGCCCAGCCGCGUGUGCCUGCGACCCCAGCGCCGGCGGUGAUUCCCAUCCUGGUCAUUGCCUGUGACCGCAGCACUGUUCGGCGCUGCCUGGACAAGCUGCUGCAAUAUCGGCCCUCGGCUGAGCUCUUCCCCAUCAUCGUUAGCCAGGACUGUGGGCACGAGGAGACAGCCCAGGCCAUCGCCUCCUACGGCAGCGCGGUCACGCACAUCCGGCAGCCCGACCUGAGCAGCAUCGCGGUGCCGCCCGACCACCGCAAGUUCCAGGGCUACUACAAGAUCGCGCGCCACUACCGCUGGGCGCUGGGCCAGGUCUUCCAGCGGUUUCGCUUCCCCGCGGCCGUGGUGGUGGAGGAUGACCUGGAGGUGGCACCGGACUUCUUCGAGUACUUUCAGGCCACCUAUCCGCUGCUGAAGGCCGACCCUUCCCUCUGGUGCGUCUCGGCCUGGAAUGACAACGGCAAGGAGCAGAUGGUGGACGCCAGCAAGCCUGAGCUGCUCUACCGCACCGACUUUUUUCCUGGCCUGGGCUGGCUGCUGUUGGCCGAGCUCUGGGCUGAGCUGGAGCCCAAGUGGCCAAAGGCCUUCUGGGACGACUGGAUGCGGCGGCCGGAGCAGCGGAAGGGGCGGGCUUGCAUACGCCCUGAAAUCUCAAGAACGAUGACCUUUGGCCGCAAGGGUGUGAGCCACGGGCAGUUCUUCGACCAGCACCUCAAGUUUAUCAAGCUGAACCAGCAGUUUGUGCACUUCACCCAGCUGGACCUGUCUUACCUGCAGCGGGAGGCCUAUGACCGAGAUUUCCUCGCACGCGUCUAUGGUGCUCCCCAGCUGCAGGUGGAGAAAGUGAGGACCAAUGACCGGAAGGAGCUGGGGGAGGUGCGGGUGCAGUAUACGGGCAGGGACAGCUUCAAGGCCUUCGCCAAGGCUCUGGGUGUCAUGGAUGACCUUAAGUCGGGCGUUCCGAGAGCUGGCUACCGGGGUAUUGUCACCUUCCAGUUCCGGGGCCGCCGUGUCCACCUGGCGCCCCCACCGACGUGGGAGGGCUAUGAUCCUAGCUGGAAUUAGCACCUGCCUGUCCUUCCUGGGCCCCUCCUUGCCACAUCAUGAGCUGAGGUGGGACCACAGUCCCCAGGCUGCAUCGGCCUGCCUGUGUUUCCCUCUUAGGUGCAUUUAUCUUUUUGAUUUUUCCGAGUGGCAUUUAAGUGCACAAAUGAUAACGAGAGGAUUAUUCUCCCGUUCUCAAGGGAGUCAGAUCAGGGGAACUAUUCUAGGGUAUGUUGCGGGGUAUUAAGCAGGAAACCACUGUGUGGUAGGGAGGCACUGGGCUUGUUGGGGCCAGAAAUGUCCACGUCCUGAGCUUUCUCCUGGAGCAUGUGCAGAGAGUUUGGCAACGUUCGCUCUCUUGACCAGACCCCUUCUCCCUUCCAGCCAGGGCACGAGCCCUCCUUCUAUACCUGCUCCCCUUCCCCCAGUGGGGACUGGGUUAUGGGAGAAGGGGACAUAUUUGUGGCCAAAAUGAUACUAACCAAAGGGGCUUCCUUGUCAGGGCCUGGUGGAGUUGGUGGGUCAUCGGGCCCACUGCCUCCUGCCUUUCUCUCCUGUCUGACCCCCACUUAGCCCUUCUCUUCUUGCAGCCUAGCAGUUUAUAGUUCUGAGAUGGAAAGUUGAAGGGGGCAAGCAAGACCUCUCCUCAGCCCAUGCCCAGCUGUCGGGAGAGAGGUGCAGGGAGGAAGGCCUUGUGCUGGGACAACCCCUCUCUUGCCUUACCUCAGGGAGGGACUAUGCCGUGACCCCUCCUUUCUGAAAAUCAGUGCCCUCCCUGUUGCUCUAGGAGGCUCUGCUGGCUUGGUAGAAGACAGAAUUCGAUCUGCCUGUCCCUUUUUCCCCUGGGGUUUGACGCACAGGCUUCUCUCAGCAUGAGGUGGAGCAAUAGACCAGUGACCAGGACACCUCUGGCCCAGUGCUGCCCAGCCUCCCCGCCCACUCCCAGGUGCCCCGUGUCCUCACAGGCCAGGACGCCGUGGCAGGAUGCAGAGGACUUGGUGGAUUUUUGUUUCUUGCCUGACCUCAGUUUCAUGAAAGAAAGUGGAAGCUACAGAAUUAUUUUCUAAAAUAAAGUAAAGGCUGAAUUGUCUGAAAAA